GUAAACAACACCGAGUUCUCAAUUUUUCGAACAGUAUUUUGAACUUUGAAAUACAGCUGAUUUUUCUUUUUGAAAACUGAUCCCGAAAUGAUUAUUUUGGUUUCGGCAAAAGCCUUUCGCGCAUCCUCGUAUCUUCCGCGUACACAAUAUUUUUUGAGGUUCAGUACGAAUCGAUUCUGAAACGAGAACACCACCGGGAAAUACUGAGUUGUGAUUGCGACUAGAAUAUUUCUCGUUCCGAAAUAAAAAAAGAAACAGAGCAGCUAAAUUUCAGGUGUGUUCUGGCCUGGAAAGCCGCUAGAAAAUUCGCUUCGUGCUCGACAUCGCGGUGGGGAGGGAGUUAUCGAAUUUUCCUUCGCACGUCCGUUGUGUCGCCUGUUCGUUACGGCGGAACGACAAAGAACGAUGGAACAAAAGAAAGAGAGCGAGAGAGAUUGGCGGAGGAGAGUGUAAACGACGAUUCGACGAUAGCUGCAAUAGCUCAGUCGUUGUAACAACACGCUCGAGUUGAGGGUGUUCUCGCGAUCAAAAGUUUAACCCGUGGUGUUCCGAAAGCAACGUAAAAGUUCAAAAGACUAAAAAAAUAUAAAUAAUUUCGAAAGUUUAAAUAAAGCCAAACAUCGAGUAGAACUUUGGUGCUAAUUUACAUUCCUUCCUUUUGGGACUAGAAUAUGCAGUGACAUUCGAAUCGACGUGUUUUUAAGUUUUCAACAAAGCACCGGAGAGCCAAAGAAUUCGACGAGGAAAUACUCUGCCGGUUGCACUUCAAUGAAGGGCAAUAAACGAUUCUAUUAAACUAAUUAUCGACGAGUGAGCUGACUCCCCUGUGCACAGCUUUACAAAGCUUCGUCCCUCUUUUAUACCAUAAGCAGCUCUACUCUUGUCGUUCAUCACGAAGCUUCAACAGAAUUAAAGCCAAUAAAAAUAUAUUUAUUCCACACCUCGAUUCGCCGGAUCAGUACAACAUCGUCCAGCAUUCUGGCAGGACGUCAUCUCUCUGUCGUUCGUGGCCGAAUAACAGGAGGACCUAAUGUCUGUAUGGUCAACGAGCACUGGACGAAACUCAGUAUUCGGUGCGGAGGGCGGAGAACCACCCUCGUCGCACCUUCCCGCAGCUCUGUUGGCCCAUUCUCACGCCCACCUUCACAACGAUAACGGGCAUUGUUUCCACAAGCGUUUUCACAACUGCCAGACAAAGAUGUCGCAGUCCGGGGAUGGUCUCCACACGCCGGGCUAUUUGUCGUGGCGAAAACUCCAACUCAGCCGCGCCAAACUCAAAGCAUCGAGCAAGACGUCCGCUCUCCUCUCCGGCUUCGCUAUGGUACGUGAUCGAUCGACCAGUGGCUUCUUCGCUCGAAUAUCUGAUCGUGGCAUAAUCGUAGCGAUGGUUGAGGUGCAACUGAAUUCGGAUACGAAAGUUCCUCCGGAGAUGCUGAUAGCGUUUGCGGUCUGCACGACUCUGUUGGUAGCCGUGCACAUGCUCGCUCUGAUGAUAUCGACGUGCAUAUUGCCAAACAUCGAGGCCGUUUGUAACCUCCACAGCAUAAGUCUCGUCCACGAAUCGCCGCACGAGCGUUUGCACUGGUACAUCGAGGUGGCGUGGGCGUUUUCAACGCUCCUCGGGCUCCUUUUGUUUCUGCUCGAGAUAGCGAUAUUGUGUUGGGUGAAAUUCUACGAUUUUUCGAAAGUCGCCGCGUGGUCGGCGUGCAUCGUACUUAUACCAGUGCUCAUAAUAUUCCUCGCAUUUGCGAUACACUUUUACCGGAGCUUAGUCGCCCACAAGUACGAAGUCACGGUCUCGGGAAUAAGGGAACUCGAACUGCUCAAGGAACAAAUUGAGUCGACCGACGUCGAAGGCAGAAAUGGCAAUCUCCUGCACGGAACGACUCACAUCGUUUGAAAAAAGCAUUAAAAACAUUACGAGAGUUAGAAUAAUUGAUUUUUUCUGCUGAUGGAUUGUCCGGCAUUUCGUCAAGCUCCCCGAGGACUUAUCGCUGGACGAUAUGUGACCCGUGUGAGAAAAAAACAGAGACGGAGCGAGAGAGAAGGCACAUUGUGACGUUCGCUCAUUCGUGAAAGGACUGAGAACGUCUUCCAGGCGUUCCGGACGUGAGCUCGCCGUUCCACUUCCACGUCGAGGGACUAUUUCGAUGUUUUUUUUUUUUUUUUUUGCUAUUAUCGUUAUACAUCGUUCGAACUGAGAAAACGAAUCGGAGAAAACUCGAGGAAAAGCUAUUGCUGGAUACGAAAGAAAGAUAUACGAAAGACCAACAUUCCCUCUCACGCAUAGUGACUUAAAGUUCGACGGCAUCGAAUUGAGAAGCCUUCAUACACUUUUCUUCUUUUUCGUUUCUCCAUUUUAGGUAUAGAUACGAUAACCCGUGUUUCGGUGAUUACAAUACGUAGGGAAGCCAGUGACUAGAGCGAUGCCAACGGUUCGAGGAUGAUAGAUCCACGAUCAUUCAAUGACGGGGACUUACCGUUUGUAUAAACGCGAAGAAAUCAAAAGUCUGAUGAAACGAGGAAUAACUUUAACGCCGGGUGUCGUUUUUUUCAUUCUCAUUGAGUUUUAAACUCAAGGAAAUGACUAAAUUGACGAUUCUUCAACGACUAAAAAUAACGAACUUCGGAUUACUUAAAUACGUGGUUUUACACGACUACAGAAAAUGUAUAUUUAAUUGAGGCAUCAAGAACCAUGAGAGAUCGCGGUUGACCACUCUCGUUUCUACCUUUAUAAGCAAUGCAACGAUUGCGAGUUAAGCUCAUCGGAUUCUUUUUUUAUUAAAGAAUAAUAAAUAAACGAAUGAAGGAAUUUUGCAAUUGA